CUGAAACUGACACCUCUAAAUCUUCGGCUGUUGACAGCAUUCCGUCAGUCCAGCUCAUUAUCAAUACUUCAUCCAGUAACAAUUGUAAUCUUUGUUCGAAAUCGUUUCCAUCGCAAAAACUCCUUCAACAGCAUCAUCAGAUGUUUCAUAACGAUAAGGCAUUCAUUUGUGAGAUUUGCGGUAAGGCGUUCCGAUUUCGGUCGAAUCUCGCGGAACAUCGUUCCGUUCACACGGCCCUCAAACCGUACGUGUGUAAAUUUUGCGGCAAAUCAUCAAGACUUAAAGGUGAGUCGUUUGCCUUCUCUUCUUCUUUUUCUUCUCCUUGUUCUUCAUCAAAUCAUCUGUUUUCUUCAAAAGUCGUUUCUUGAUUUCUUAUUAAUUGUUGCACUCUCGGCUUAUCACGUGUUCGUUCAUCGUGUGUGUAGAACUGUACUGUGA